GCGCCGCCCGCCCUGCAGGCCGCCGAUGCCGCCCGGACCGCGGCGCCCGGACCGAGCUCUGAUGGUACCGAGCGGCCGGUGGGCCUUCCUCUGAGCGGGGACCCCACAUCUCCUCCGAGGAUGUCGGCCAUCCAGGCCGUGUGGCCGUCCGGUACGGAGUGCAUCGCCAAGUACAACUUCCACGGCACUGCGGAGCAGGACCUGCCCUUCUGCAAGGGGGACGUGCUCACCAUCGUGGCCGUCACCAAGGACCCCAACUGGUACAAAGCCAAGAACAAGGUGGGCCGCGAGGGCAUCAUCCCGGCCAACUACGUGCAGAAGCGCGAGGGCGUGAAGGCGGGCACCAAGCUCAGCCUCAUGCCGUGGUUCCACGGCAAGAUCACGCGGGAGCAGGCGGAGCGGCUGCUGUACCCCCCCGAGACGGGGCUGUUCCUGGUGCGGGAGAGCACCAACUACCCCGGGGACUACACGCUGUGCGUGAGCUGCGAGGGCAAGGUGGAGCACUACCGCAUCAUGUACCACGCCAGCAAGCUCAGCAUCGACGAGGAGGUCUACUUCGAGAACCUCAUGCAGCUGGUGGAGCACUACACCACGGAUGCCGACGGGCUCUGCACGCGCCUCAUCAAGCCAAAGGUCAUGGAGGGCACCGUGGCCGCCCAGGACGAGUUCUACCGCAGCGGCUGGGCCUUGAACAUGAAGGAGCUCAAGCUGCUGCAGACCAUCGGGAAGGGGGAGUUUGGAGACGUGAUGCUGGGUGACUACCGGGGGAACAAGGUCGCCGUCAAGUGCAUCAAGAACGACGCCACGGCGCAGGCCUUCCUGGCCGAGGCCUCCGUCAUGACGCAACUUCGGCACAGCAACCUGGUGCAGCUCCUGGGCGUGAUCGUGGAGGAGAAGGGCGGGCUGUACAUCGUCACGGAGUACAUGGCCAAGGGGAGCCUGGUGGACUACCUGCGGUCCCGGGGCCGCUCGGUGCUGGGCGGGGACUGCCUCCUCAAGUUCUCGCUAGACGUGUGCGAGGCCAUGGAGUACCUGGAGGGCAACAACUUCGUGCACCGCGACCUGGCGGCCCGCAACGUGCUGGUGUCGGAGGACAACGUGGCCAAGGUCAGCGACUUCGGCCUCACCAAGGAGGCGUCCAGCACGCAGGACACGGGCAAGCUGCCCGUCAAGUGGACGGCCCCCGAGGCCCUCAGAGAGAAGAAAUUCUCCACCAAGUCCGACGUGUGGAGCUUCGGGAUCCUCCUCUGGGAAAUCUACUCCUUCGGGCGAGUGCCUUACCCACGGAUCCCCCUGAAGGACGUCAUCCCUCGGGUGGAAAAGGGCUACAAGAUGGACGCCCCCGACGGCUGCCCAGCCGCCGUCUACGACGUCAUGAAGAACUGCUGGCACCUGGACGCGGCCGCCCGGCCCUCGUUCCUGCAGCUGCGAGAACAGCUGGAGCACAUCAAGACCCACGAGCUGCACCUGUGACGGGCGGGGCGGACGGACGGACGGACGCCCG